AUGGCCUGGAGUUUCACGUUAAUAAAAUACCACGAUAAUGUUAAGGAGCCACCACAUGCCUACGGGUCUGAGGCCCGCCCUACGAUCAACCCGGGUCAAGUUUUUAUUGCUUUGGACCUUUAUAGCUAUUUUUAUUUCGACAAGGCUACAUCGCUGAAAGGUCUUUUGCUUAGCGACCGUCUUCUUGACGACUUAUCCAAAGCUGCUCAAAAUGAGACCCUCGGGUUCGAGAAGAUCUUCUACAUUAGCAUGCCUCACCGGCAGGAUCGCCAGGACAGCAUGACUAUGUUAGCCACUUCAACAAAUAUACGGCUUAUAUUACAGAAUGGAGUCGAUGGCAACACUAUACAUGAGAAAGCGAGGCCUAAGGGUAGCCAAGGCUUAAGACCAGAGCAGCUUGGCUGCUGGCGCAGUCAUGCCAAUGUAUGGCGAACAAUCAUCAACGAGCGAAUCGAGACAGCUAUCAUUCUAGAAGACGAUGCUGAUUGGGACGUUCGAGUCCAUGAUAUAUUUCAAACCCUUAGUCUUCAAAUGAGGAAGAGGACAGCAAGGGAAGGGGAGCCUAGGAGUCAUGAAGCCCAUGCACCAUAUGGUCUCGAUUGGGAUUUGCUCUACGUUGGUACCUGUUGGAACAUCAACCCUGAGGUUCGUCCGGUGCCACAUAUUUAUCAAGACACAAAUGCGCCGAAUUCGACAGAGAUGUCUUAUGCUUAUCAAAAAGAGCUUGAGUAUUGGGGGGCUUCUUCUUCUGAAGAGGCCCGCGUGCGAGUAAUAGCCCCUUCAUGGUAUCCUGUUUGCACGGUAGGAUAUGCUGUAACAUUACAAGGAGCUCAGAAGUUACUUUACACUGUUGGAAACGAAAAAGGUCUGAACGGACCAGUUGAUCUUGCCAUGAUAAGCAGGAUUCAGUCUGGCCACUUGAAGUCGUUUACGGUCGUCCCCCCCUUAGUAACUCCCUGGAAAACAGGAACUACUUCUGAUAGCGACAUUGACGAUCUAAAUAAGGCCGAGGGCGAAUUGCCUCAAGGUAGCGACAACCUACGACUUAGUGGAAGAAAGGCUUUAGCAGCAACGUUAGAUAAGGACUUCAAAGACUAA